GUGUAUGAGAGCGAUUUAAGUGCAUAUAAAUGAUGAUGUCAAAGUCAAAUAAUACUGGAUCACAAUCCACUUUGUAUUGUUCACUUUUACUUCCAUAUAUCACAGUCCAUUUACUUUUUAAUUCAACUCUCCGGAGUUGUUAUGUUCACCAACAACCACCAGGUGACAUCUAAGAGCGAGUGUAACAGUAUAAUGCUUCCUGCAGAAUGUUGACUGAAAAGAGGAAGUACAGUCAGUGGUGGUCAGAGUAAAGAAAAUCUUGGUAAGAAAUAAUUAUUCAGUAAUAACAAAUUAAUCAUCACCAGUUAGGUAUUGUAAUACCUCAGAUGCUGUUAAGAUUUCCUGUAACCUUUCUCAGAAGAGUACCAUUUGUUUUAUUUGAAGUGCAUUUGCAUUCUAAGAGAUUGUUUUGUCUCACAGGGAUCUGCCCUUGAGCUGAGUUACUUACUCUAUUACAUGUAUUUUUAGUAAAUAUCUCUAAGACAGCUGUUGAUUGUUACUACUUUAUUAUAAUAUACAAUUUCCAAAAAUACUUGAGUAAAAUUGAAAAUAACCAUUUCACAACCCUACUCAAGUAAAAUAUAAUACUUAGGUCAAUAAACUACUCAAAGUACAAGUUAUUUUUAAUACUGUUUAGUGUGUGCAGGUCAGAGAUCUUCACAAGUCAUUUUAUGCAAGUCCAAGUGGAGUCUCUUUUUGGAAUAAUAAGUAAUAAAUCUCUCCCUGAGCAUGAACAACAUGUAUGCCAGAUACUUCAACUCUUGCUGGAAAAUGAAGAAGCUGUAUGUUAAACUGAAACCUAGAGAAACUGACCCUAGAGAAAUUGCACCACUGGUUGGAGGGUACUGGCCAUUUCUUCGUUGUGUGGAUUGAUCAUAAGAAUCUCAUAUAUUCAGUCUGCCAAACAGCUAAACUCAUAUCAGGCUAGGUGGGCUUUUCUUUUUGGGAGGUUUAAUCUGUCUUUGACAUAUGGUCAAGGUUCCUGCAAUGUCAAGUUAGCUGCCUUGUCCUGCUAGUAUGUCUCUAAACAGACGUGGAUCCAGGGGAUAAAGUGGGUGUCAAAUCAGAAAAAGACAGAUAGAUAGAAGGUUUGCACAGUGAUUUCAUUGUACCUUAGUAUUUAUGUUUUGAUACACUAAAUUGGGGUGUUUCGUAUCUUACUUUUAAAUACAGUACAUUUUGUAUCUUUGCCCAUCCAUGAGUGUAGAGAAUAACAAACCUCUGUAUGAGUGUGAUGUAACGUUCAUGUUUGAUGCUGAAAGAGGAUGUGCCGGUUUGACACCCCUCUUCCCUUUCAGGGUGAAGCCUAGUAGAGUCCGAUGGAUGAGACCAGGUCUGAGGAAGUAUUCCUGUGAACUCGCACUCGACACAAACACACACAGAAAGAUCAAACUGUCUGACAACAACAGGAAGGCGACACGUAUGAGAGAGGAUCAGUCAUAUCCUGAUCAUCCAGACAGGUUUGACUUCCAGUGUCCUCAGCUGCUGUGUAGAGAUGGUCUGACUGGUCGCUGUUACUGGGAGGUCGAGUGGAGAGGAGGAGUUGAAAUAUCAGUUAUUUACAGGGGAAUUGGAAGGAGAGGCGACAACACAGCCUUUGUGUUUGGAGGGAAUGAUCAGUCCUGGAGUCUGAGCUGCUCUGAUGAUGUUGGUUACUCUGUCUGGCACAAUGACAGAAGAACAUCUUCCUCCUCUGACAGAGUAGCAGUGUAUGUGGACUGUCCUGCUGGCACUCUGUCCUUCUACAGAGUCUCCACUGACACACUGAUCCACCUAUUCACUGAACCUCUUUAUCCUGGAUUGGGGUUCUGGUCAUAUGUUUCCUCACCGUCUCUGUGCUCUCUGUCAGAGGGAGAGUCUCUUCCUGCUAGAGAAACUUUCACUGCUGACCAGAUGGUUCAAUCUGUACUGGAUCUCGCACAGCUGAUGUUAGUUAGUACCAACCUGAUGUAAAGUAGUAUAUGCAUCAGUGUUAGUAUAAUAGAGAUAGUGUCACAUUCGUCUGACGUCAAACAGCUAAAGACUCAAUCUGCAGCUUUUCACUUCGUGGAAAAGAAACCUCUGUUCAUUUGUUUUCUGCUUUCCAGUUUUGGGUUGUUGAGUUGUGUCCUGUUUUCUUUUGAAAUUGUUGGAAAUCAUGGUGCCUUGAACACUCCGUUGUGUACAAAACGCACUGCAUUUUCUCCAAAUGGGAGAAAAAAUACCUCAGAGCCCAUUGGGGAACUUUGCACAACGUUUCAAGUAAACAUGCAACUGAUAUUGAAAAUAAUGUGUGGUCAGAUAUUAUAACAAAUGUGGGGAAAAACAUCAGACGCUUGAAGGAAAUGUAUUCAAUAUUAAAUAUAGUCUGACAACAAUCGAUGCUGGAAGUGGAACCAUGUGAAUCAUCAUCUGCUCAUGUUGUUGAGUGUCUCUGCCUAUUAACUGAUUUGUUCUGUUGUGUUCUAUAUUUCUGUCUGUACCUGUUUUUUGGAUUUGUUUAUUCCCCAGACUGUCCACCUCAUCUGUGGUGUAAGUUGCAAUCACUUGGUUUAAAUAAACACGGAGAACUGUA